GGGAGGGGAAAAGUCCCAAUUGGAGAAGCAGAGGGGUUCUUUCUUUGCAGAGCUAUGAUUUGCAGAAACACAUGAGAGCAAAGGGCAAUGCUUUGCAGCUCUGCAGAAACCCCAUGAUCUGCUGCUCUUCUGCUGGCCUGGACUCUUUGGGCAAGUUGUGUGAGGUUUCUAGGCAAAGGCAGGAGCCCAAAGAGGAGCAGAUUCUGUUCCAGCCCAGCUUCUGAAUUCUAGAGUCCAGAAAGGAAGAGUGAUGGCUGUGUUUCGCAUCUCCACCAUGUUGCUGCUGGCUAGCCUGAGCCAAGGGCAGGACUUCCCUUUCCGCAAUCCCACUUUACCCUGGGAAGAGCGGCUGGAUGACCUGAUCAACAGGCUAACCCUCGAGGAGAUGGUGCUGCAGAUGGCAAGAGGAGGUGCAGGUCCCAACGGCCCGGCACCCCCCAUUGAACGGCUGGGCAUUGGCCCAUUCAACUGGAACACGGAAUGCCUCCGAGGAGACGUAGAGGCCCCGGCCUGGGCAACCGCCUUCCCGCAAGCCCUGGGCUUGGCUGCGUCCUUCAGGUACCCAUCAUUUCGCAACACAGCAGAUGGCCAUCCAUCAGAAAGGAAUAAUGUCUGUGCUCUAUGCCAGGUGGAGGAACGUGACUGGCGCAUGACUUUCCUGCCUCAGUUUGAGGCCUGUGUGCAGGCUGGAACCUUCAGCUUCAUGUGCAGCUAUAACAGGAUUAAUGGGGUACCUGCCUGUGCCAACAAGAAGCUGCUGACGGACAUCUUGCGUGGUGAAUGGGGCUUCCAGGGCUACGUGGUGAGUGAUGAAGGAGCCAUAGAGUUGAUUAUGGUUGGGCACCACUUCACUCAGAGCUUUCUGGAGACUGCGAUUGCUUCUGUGAAUGCUGGGUGCAACCUGGAACUUGCGUAUUUGAUGAAAGCUAAUGUGUUCACUUACAUAGGGGAAGCUGUUGCCAAGGGAAACAUCUCUUUAGAGACGGUUAAGGCCCGCGUCCGCCCAUUGUUCCGCACCCGCAUGCGCCUGGGUGAGUUCGACCCACCGGCCAUGAACCCCUACAAUGCUCUGGGACUUGGUGAUGUGGCGACUGAGGCUCAUCGUCAGCUGGCUCUCUGUGCUGCCGUUCAGUCCUUUGUCCUGCUAAAAAACCAGCAAGGAAUCCUGCCUCUUAAGGCCCAAGAUGUAUCAGACAAGACAUUUGCAGUAAGUGAAAUAUCACAACACUCCCUCUUGAACAAGAAGGCAAUUAGAGACAAAAUCUUUGAGAUGGAUGCAAUUGACAACUUGCGGACUAGAACUGACCUUGAGAGUGAAGGCUUGGACCGGACAGACCUGGCUUUGCCUGGGCACCAGCUCGAGCUUCUGCAGGAUGCCGUGGCUUGGGCCGCUGGCCGGCCGGUGAUUCUGCUCCUGUUCAACGCCGGCCCACUUGAUGUGAGCUGGGCCAAGGCAAACGAUGGCGUGGGAGCCAUUUUGGCCUGUUUCUUCCCUGCUCAAGCCACUGGUCUGGCUAUUGCCAAAGUGUUGGUGGGAGCGGAUGGGACAAACCCAGCAGGCAGGCUCCCUGCUACCUGGCCAGCAAGUAUGAACCAGGUGCCACCCAUGGAGAACUACACAAUGGCUGGACGCACAUACCGCUACUAUGGGGACGAGGCUCCGCUGUACCCAUUUGGCUAUGGUCUCUCGUUUACCACCUUUCAGUACAGCGAUUUGAUACUAGGUGCUGAUGUUCUGCCCAUUUGCGAAAACCUAACUGUCUCGGUGGUGGUGAAGAACAUUGGCUCCAGAGAUGGCGAGGAGGUGGUGCAGCUCUACCUCCGUUGGGGAAAGGCAUCAGUACCAGUCCCCCGUUGGCAGCUGGUUGGCUUCCAGAGGGUCCUGGUGCCCCAGGGACAAGCCGUCAAGGUGCCCUUCCUGCUUUCCUUCAGCCAGAGAGCCGUAUGGGCUGGGGAAUGGCAGUUGGAGCCGGGCACUUUCACCCUUUUUGUCGGUGGGCAGCAGCCCUUCCAAGAAACCCGGGCCCCUUCCAACAUCCUUCAAGCUGAUUUCACAGUUUCGGGAAGCACACGCAAAAGAAGCCAAUGCUAAGCACUGUGACUUAUAGAAAACACAGUAAAAAACAAUGCGGGCGCUCGUGAAGUUAAGUGAAUGUAAUUACAUUAAGGCAGACCACAUUUGGAGUGAAGAGAAUCCAGUAUAUGAUACGAUGCUUCCCAAAGUGGGACUGACACGGCCAUGGAUUGGUAUACCUUUUACCAGCAUUGUUUGUGGAACAGUUUGCGAUGGAAUAUAGGCAAAGGGCUUCCGGGGAAAAUACAAUAUUGUUUUCUGAAACAAACCAAUGUGUUCAUUUUU